AUGGAAAGUGGUUUGGAACAGCUUGAAAGGAGCAUAGGUCAGAUAAUUGAAUGGCUGGAAAGAUUGUUGGAAUACGUCAACGAGGUCAUAUCCCGUGACGAAUUGCCUUCUGAUGCCACGAUGGGGCGUCGACUGAUGGAUAUUGUCAAUACUGCUGCCACUCACAUGCAAACUGAAAAACUGGAUAAUCUUGUCAAGAAUAGCCUCAGGGAUUACAUGAUGAUAUCGUAUCUGGCAAAUCUUACAACGACUCAAUUGCAAGUCCACGAGAGAAUGACAAAUAUUUAA